AUGGAGGUUGCCGAGGAGAGUGAUGACCUACUGCAGUGGGAGGGCUUCUAUUUGCGCCUGCAGGCACAAAACUAUUCCUACAAUACUACCGAGUGGGUUCCAUGGAAUGCAUCCGAUUCCAACCGAACUUGGUGGGAGACAUCUUCGUCCUUUGACUCUCCAGCAGCGUUGCUCCGCGCGGCGGUCAAAGCUGUUGUCUUGGGGCUGCUUAUUUUGGCAACAGUAGUUGGUAAUGUAUUUGUGAUAGCGGCGAUAUUAUUGGAAAGACAUUUACGGAGUGCUGCCAAUCAGUUAAUAUUGUCUUUGGCUGUUGCGGACCUGUUGGUGGCAUGUCUGGUGAUGCCUCUAGGCGCCGUGUACGAGGUUGCACAGAGGUGGACACUCGGUCCAGAACUCUGUGAUAUGUGGACUUCUGGAGACGUGCUUUGUUGUACAGCAUCUAUACUGCACCUCGUUGCAAUCGCCCUUGAUAGGUACUGGGCGGUUACAAAUAUUGACUACAUUCACGCCAGGACAGUACGUCGUAUCGGUUAUAUGAUAGCGUGUGUGUGGAUUGCCAGUUUUUUCGUGUGUAUCGCGCCCCUCCUCGGCUGGAAGGACCCCGAUUGGAAUCGGCGAGUUUCCGAGGAUUUAAGAUGCGUUGUCAGCCAAGACGUCGGCUAUCAAAUAUUCGCGACUAUGUCCUCAUUCUAUGUUCCCGUGCUUGUUAUAUUAAUUUUAUAUUGGCGAAUAUAUCAGACGGCCAGAAAAAGAAUACGUAGACGGCACGGUGCGACCGCGAGAGGAGGCGUCGGACCGCCACCAGUCCCCGCUGGCGGGGCUCUCGUAGCGGCGGGUGGGAGUGGGGGCAUCGCUGCGGCAGUCGUUGCCGUGAUAGGACGUCCACUGCCCACUAUAUCAGAGACAACUACCACUGGAAUGACAACUGUCUCAUCCAACAACACGAGCCCAGAGAAGCAGUCGUGUGCAAACGGUCUCGAGCCAGACCCGCCCACUACCGGAUACAGCGCGGUCGCUGCUGCGUACUAUCCGUCCCUGGUGCGCCGAAAGCCCAAGGAACCCGCUGAUUCUAAACGGGAACGCAAGGCGGCGAAGACAUUAGCGAUAAUAACCGGUGCGUUCGUUGCGUGCUGGCUUCCAUUUUUCGUGUUAGCUAUACUUGUACCGACGUGCGACUGCGAAGUGAGCCCGGUGCUCACCUCCCUCUCCUUGUGGUUAGGGUAUUUUAACUCUACGCUGAAUCCCGUUAUAUACACGGUGUUCAGUCCGGAGUUCAGGCACGCAUUUCAGCGACUGCUGUGCGGACGAAGAGUGCGGCGAAGACGUGUUCCACCCUAA